UGUAAGAGAAGGAAGAAGAGAAGACACAACCUUAGUUGAUUCUAGUCGUCGUCUUUGUAAAACUAACAAAAGGUUUCUCCUUUCUCUUCAGUCUUCUCAGAAGCUUUACUGCCGAUACAAUUUCUCUUCCUCCAAACUCGUUUUUCCGGCCAAAGUUGUUUCCUUUUUAACUCAUUUUCACUUACCCUUCUCUGUUCUGUACGGGAACGUUGCCAUUUACAGGGUUUGUGCUGCCUCUGCUUCACUCUCUUUAUCAAGUUCUGAGCUUUGACCGAGAUUUGGCUUCAAGGGUUUGUUCGAUUCUCUUCCCCGUUCGGUUUAUUUGCUAUUUUUGGAAGCUCUUCCGUGGGUUUGAAGAAAGUGUUGGCGAUGGAGGAGGUCAAGGAGGAAAACGUGUUGAACGAGUUCAGGGUGAGGGUCUGCAUAAAGCGUUGGACAAGGUUAACUCUCAUGCUUCUGACAUACUCGUCUUCAGUGUUCAGUGGAAAGACUUGAAUGAGUAUCUGGAAUCAGUGAAAGGUAAAUUGAAGGAGAGGUUCAGGGAGUUAGACUCCAAGGAGGUUGAUUUGAAAGAUCAAAGCUUUGGACUUGAGGAGAGGGCUAGAGUGGUUGAGGAAGCUGAAGCUAAGCUUGGUGAUUUGGAGGUGGAAUCUGAUGGGUUUCGGAUGGAAGUUUCUUUGCUUGGUGAUCUCUCUAGGGGAGUCUAAUGCUGAGGAAGCGAGACUGUCUGAGCUUAGGAGAUUGGUGGAAGAGUGUGAGGCAGAGAGAAUUUUAAAGGAAAGUGAGAUUAGUGAGAUGGUGGAAUCGUGGAGACAGACUAAGAUUGAGAUUGAUUCUAAAGAUGAACAGUUAGCACAGAUGGAGAGUGAACUUGAGCGAUAUCACGCUCAGGUGAGCGCAGAGAUGGAUAGGCUGAGGAAGUUGGAUCAAGAAGCUGAGAGGAAAUCAAAAGAUCUCACGUUGGUUCAAGACAAGAUUGCGGAAUGUGAGAAGCUGCUUGAGGCACAGUCAUCUGAACUUGUCUCUAAAGAGAAAGAGUUGGAAGCACUUAGUCUGGACAUUGGCUUGAGUGAACAGAAGGUCAUGUCCUUCAAUAAUGACAUGAAGGAGGCUUGCCAACGGAUGGAAACAAAAGGCAAGGAAUUGGAGUAUGUUCAAAAGCUAAUUGAGGAAAGGAGUGCACAAUGUGAGUCACUCAAGUUGUUGAUUGAGGAACACAAUGAACAACUUGCUUCAGCUAUGAUUGCGCCUGCUCUGCCACCUGUCAACAGUGUGCUAUCAUUGGAUGUUAAGCUUGAAGAACCAAUCAGCAAUAGUGUGGCUUCUCGCUCCUCCCCGGAUGUUCAACAAGACAUAACAUCAUCAUCUCAUUUGCCUAAUGAAGAUGCUCCUCUCAGGGACAUAGAGGACUCAGCUUCUUUAUCGCUGGAUGAAGUCUUUACUGAACUUCGAAUGUUUAAAGAUCCAGGCAGGUUUGUUCUAACUUCUGUCGAGCAAGCACUCACGGAUCCUAGCGAGAGAGGGGAGUUGAGUUUAGAAGAGCCUAUACUAAUGCCUUUGGUUUCCCUUUUGGAGGAGCUGGCACGUGUUGGUAUCUCUGCUGAUCCUGAUCUACAGUCUGAUGCAACCAAAGUGGCAGAUCGAUGGGUGGAGAUGAUGGGAGCUAGUGUUGAAAAGUCACAGCUCGAGGCUUGGGCUGUUCUGCAGUUCAUUGUGGCGUUUGGAUUGGUGAAAGGAACUAAACAAGAACAAACUCUACAGCUUGCCUCUUAUGUUGCUCACUUUAAAUAUGCUCCAGAACUUUUUGAAUCUCUUGGUCUAAGUCAUGCCAUCCCAAAUUUUGUCACAGAGCUCUUUGGCAAAGGUUUAUACAUUCCGGCAAUCCGGUUAAUGUUCACCUUCAAUGUGAAGAACAACUUUUCUCCAAUGGAGUUGUUGAAGGUACAGAUCAUCAAUCUCAGACGCUCAGCCAAAGAAAAUAGAAGAUAUGAAACACAGGCUGAAGAAGCUAACAGAGAUGCUGCUACAAUGAUGGACAUAAUGGAACUCAUUGAAGACUUCAAGCUGGAAAUUGACAUGCCUGUGGAUCUCAUCCUCAAAUUCAUGGUUCCUGCAUCAUCUGUUCCAGUUCAAUCAACUCAUAUGCAGGCUUCAGACACAGUCAUUCAAAGCUCUUGCAUCGCCACUCAUGGCUCAAACCCUAGCCUUCCAACAAGCUUUGGUACGGAACCGUAUCAAGCUGGUGGUUCAACUGCGUUGUUGGAAGGUCAACAACCUUCACACCACGCUGGUUCUAAACGUCCAAGGGUGGAUCGGAUCCUAGACCGGUGAUUAGACCGUGCUCCGAACCACCAUCAGGCUUUGGCAGUUUCUAGUGCUCUCUGUCUCAAGUCUAAGGCUAUAAAGCUAGGUAGCUAAGUAGUAGGAAGUAGCUUAACAAGAAACAGCUUUUUAUUAUUGUAACUUGUCUUUCACGUUGUAGCUAACUUGUAACACACACAAUGCUGCCUAUGUUUUCUGAUACUAUGAUCAUCAGACACACUUGCAUUUGAAAUAUGUCAGUGACUUGAAUCAUAAAUACCUAGUUUAUGAUUCAAUCCCUGCUCGCCUU